CAGCUCUGCCGCCUCGGCCGUUACAUCAAGAGAUAUGUGGAACUGACCAACUACUGCGAUUAUAAAGACUACAGGGAAACUAUACUGAGCAAACCGAUGCUGUUCUUUAUUAAUGUACAGACCAGAAAAGACACCUCAAAAGAAAGAACAUAUGCCUUUCUUGUGAACACAAGGCACCCCAAGAUAAGACGACAGAUAGAGCAAGGGAUGGACAUGGUCAUUUCCUCAGUGAUUGGAGAAAGCUACCGGCUCCAGUUUGAUUUUCAAGAGGCAGUAAAGCAUUUUUUUCCUCCGGGAAAUGAGGUGAUUAAUGGAGAAAAUUUGAGCUUCGCCUAUGAAUUCAAAGCCGAUGCGUUAUUCGAUUUCUUCUAUUGGUUUGGGCUCAGCAAUUCCACUGUAAAGGUGAAUGGAAAAGUUCUGAAUUUGUCAAGUACAAGACCAGAAAAGAAGGAGACAAUUAAAUUAUUUCUGGAAAAAAUGAGUGAACCGUUAAUUCGAAGGAGCAGCUUCUCUGACCGAAAAUUCAGUGUAACUUCUAGAGGUUCAGUAGAUGAAGUUUUUAACUUCAGUCUGUCACCCAGAUCAUCUUUGACGGAGCCUCUUUUGGCAGAAUUACCUUUUCCAAGUGUUCUGGAAUCAGAAGAGACACCUAACCAAUUUGUCUGAUCAGACUGAACAUCAGGUCCAGUCUAGUUCCUCCUAUACUCCAGGCCAACUGAAGGUUGAGGGGAGGAGGGAGGAGGUGGGAGGCAGGCCUUCCACCCUCUGGUCCAUCCCUCUGGUUUUCGGAGCUCUCCUCUCACAUUUCCGUGGGUGCCCCCCUGGCAGGCCCCAUUCAGCUGACUUCAGGAUGGGAAGACACUGUCCCCAUGGCCAGGUAUCUUCUCCUUUGAACACUUCUCCAAAGAGGCAGAGGGACCAGAGGGGUUCUGCCACCCUGAGUGCUUUGCAUAGGAUAUUGGCAUCCUAGGAGUUUCCCUGGCAGCCUCUGCAGGACCAGUCUGACUUGGGCAUUGACGAUGAUGCUUCAUAAAUCAGGGUUUGGCCCUCUGCUUGGGACACCCUUGUCUGAGCCUGAACUCAGCCAGCAGCGGGUUAGCUGUGCUGUUCUCUUGCAAACUUGCCUGGGCACCUUUCACUGGAAGGCAGUUAUGUUUCUCAUCCUGCUUUUAGGAGAACCAUUCCAGGUAAGGUUUGCUGGCAAUUAGCCAGGUUGGCAGGAUGGCAACCCUGCCACCUGCUACCUAAAAUGCCAGCUCUCUUGGUCUCCCUCUUAGCAAAGUGGCCUGUGUAGGAAGAGGCCAGGUGAUGUGCAACCAAACAGUGAUCAGGGAAGGAAAAUGAUUAUGACCAUGUCCUCUUUAUUGAAAGCACAUUAUGUCAGUUGGGUAUUGUUUUUACUUUUUUAUUGAAUUUAUGGGGGUGACAUUGGUUAAUAAAAUUAGAUAGAGGUUUCAGGUAUACA